AUGGUGAACAACUCCAGCAGCUCCUUGGCCUCAUCCAAUGGAACAAGCGACUGGCAACUGAAAGAAAGCCCCAUUUACCAACUGGUUGCGUCAGUUAUGGUGAUGCUUGUGAUGGUUUUGGUGGUGUUCUCCUUGGGUUGCACCACUGAGGUGAAGAAGUUGUGGGACAAUAUCAAGAGACCUUGGGGGAUCACUGUGGGGAUGAUUUCCCAAUUUGGGCUAUUGCCUCUGGUGGCCUAUAUCCUGGCCAUUAGCCUUGUCCCAACGACAGUUCAGAAGGUGGCCAUCCUUAUUCUUGGCUGUUCUCCUGGAGGAUCGCUGUCCAAUCUUUUUACUUACUGGGUCGAUGGAGACAUGAAUCUCAGCAUCACUAUGACAGCAUGUUCUACUGCAGCUGCACUGGGAAUGAUGCCACUUUGCCUCUACAUCUAUUCAUAUUCCUGGGAACUUGAAGAUGGUGUUGAAAUUCCAUACCAGAUCAUAGGAACAAGUCUUCUCAUCUUAAUCAUACCUGUGGCCUGUGGGACUUUUGUAAAUUAUAGAUGGCCCAAGCAUUCCAAAAUCAUUGCCAAGGGUGGAAGCAUUUUGGGAAUGACUAUCCUUGCGGUUAUAACAGUAAUUGACAUAUCGUUCCAAGGUUCUUGGGAUUUGGACCACUCUACCGUGACGGCUGCUGCAGUUUUAUCAUUCACUGGGUGUGCAGGCGGCUUUCUGUUGGCUGUUUUCACCUGCCAGACUUGGCCAAGGUGUCGAACAAUUGCUUUGGAGACGGGGACACAGAACUUAGCGUUGUUCGGUGGCAUGCUCCGUUUAUCUUUGAGCUCUCAACAUUUUGCUCAGGUAGUCACUCUUCCGACGUUCUACGCUGCCUUUCAGAUGCUGAGUGGAUUACUCAUAAUUGCCACGUACCAGAUUUACAAGAAAUAUCUGGCGAAAAGAGAAGAAGAGAAAGCCCCGGAACCCCACAUUCAAACACUGGACGUUUUUGGCAGCAAGCUCAAUGCGGGUUUUGAAAAGGAAGAGGAUGGCCCUUCUGCUUCUGUAUUUGACUACCUGGAUGUCCUUUGUUUUGCCAUUAAUUCACAUCCAAUUUGA